AUGAAAACUUAUAGCUUGCUCUAAGCAGGGCUUAUGGAUAAAUAAAUGGAAUGUCUCCAAAUUAUAUAUAAAGCUUACCCAUCUUAGCUAUAAAAUAACUUCUAGAAAAUUUGGAGAAUAAUUGAAGCAAAUAUUUUUAAUCAGAAAACUAGUCAAGAAAGUGAUGAAAAUGACAACGGAGAUGAAGAUGGAGAAGAAGAUUAAAAUUAGGAUUAGGAAGGCGGAGCAGAAGAAGAAAAGGAUUAGGAAGAUUUGGAUUAAAACUCAAGCGAAUACGAAGAUAUAGAGGAAGAAGAAUUAGAUGAAUAAGAUAUGAAUUUAAAUAAAUUAGAUUUAGAUUUGAGUAUUAUAAGUUCCACAAUAGGCUAUACUUCCCACUUCAUAAAAUACGAUAAAUGUGUAUAUUCUAUAGUUUCUAAGAAUAUUAACUAAUUAAUAUUUAACAAGAUGAUCAUGAAAGACGAAAUUCUCUUGAGAAACUGCAUAUUUUACAUUAAUUAAUUGUUCUAAAUUGUUGGUUAAGUCAUUUAAUCAAAGAAGAUUGAAGAUUAUGAUGAAAAGGGUACUAUUGAAAAUAUCUUGACCACCUAUGCAUUGAUGGCUACAAAGUUAUUAGCAAAUAAACCACCUAAAACUUUCACCAAUGAAGAUCUAGCUCCAUUCAAUACACUUUUCUAAAUAGUUCCAUUUGAAGAUGAUCAUGCAGAGAUGAAAAGAGUUAUUCAAAUUACUAAUUUUCUAUUUGAUGCAGAACAACCAUUAAUUCAAUAAAACCUAUUUAAAUUAGUUUAAUCUACUAUUCAAAUGGUAAAUGAGCCAAGCAGAUACAGAAUCAAACAAAAAAGUGAACCAUAUUAUCUAAUAUUCUACAAAAAAUUGGAAUCUAAAUAUCCUUAAACUAAAUAAAUAGCCAUAAACAUUAUAGACUAAAACAAAAAUAAUAUCUUUAAAGAAAAAGACCAAUUAUUAAAAAAAUUAAAUAUCAGUUGA